CCCACCUUUGCUAUCUCUCAGAAAGGUGGCAUAUUAUUGACAAGAGUGGGGUUUUCAGAAGCAGCACCAUUGUACAGUGUUGGCUGGAGAGAUAAGCCGGCAGAGAUUCCGCAUGCAACUCUGCACAAGGUACUUGAGAGAUAUAUCUACCUCAGGGGUACCUAACCUAAGGUUAGGGUAUGCAUACGGUUACUCAAUAGAGACAUUCAAGGCUCAGGAUACGUUGAAAUCCGAUGGCAUACAGGCCUACUUUACCUAAUUCAUGAUAUGUCCUACCCAGAAUGCGUAACCGAGGGAUGAUACCGACGUAUGCGUAGACGAUAACAAUCAGCCACAAGAGAGAGGUAGAAAUCGCACAGUGAUUCGGAUCCCCGAAGAGAUGACAAAUGGAUACGCCCUAGGAGCAGAACGCCAUGUCUCAUCUAUAUACAUCAUCAUCGUCAUCAUCAUAUCUUUGAAAAACAAAAAACGCAUUUAUGGAAUUCAUACAUUUCGUUUAUGAUAAGUAGUCGCACAACCACAUACUACAUUGUACUAUACUGUACUGUAAUUGAUCUCUCACCAGCUCACAGACUUCAACUUGGACCGAAUCGAAUUACCACACAGGCAACGUCAGAUUCCAAGAUGGCGUCUAGAUUUCGCCCAAGGGUAUGGCAGCAGAUUAAGAGAGACCCGUCAAGUCAACUUCACGUUAUAAUUGUAGGUGCCGGGCUUGGCGGGCUCGGUGCAGCUAUUUCUAUACUUCUCGCGGGACACCGCGUAACUGUCCUUGAGAGCGCGUCUGAGAUCGGCGAAAUAGGAGCCGGUAUUCAAGUCUUGCCUAAUUCAUCGAGGAUAUUGAUUUCAUGGGGACUUGAAGGCAAGCUCGUGAAGGAUGCAACGAAACCUCGUUAUGCAAAUAUGAUCGGCUGGAAGGGCAAUAGACUAUCCAGGAUGGACCUUCAUGCUUAUGGGGAAGCUCUAGGUACCCCUUUCUGGGAUUUCCAUAGAGCUAACUUACACCGUUGCCUCCUUGAUCGGGCUGUCGAACUCGGAGCUGAGAUACAUGUAAAGUCGAGGGUCCAAUCGAUCAAAUAUGCAUCGGACGGAUUAACAGCUAGUGCAGUAUUAAGCGACGGCAGGAUUAUGCCAGCAGACCUCAUCGUUGGAGCUGACGGCAUCUCAUCUAGACUGCGCGAGGUUCUUCUGGGAAAACCAGACCCCCCUCUACCAACAGGUGAUCUUGCCUACAGGUUACUUAUCAACGCUAAGGAUAUGCUGGCAGACCCUGAGUUACGACACUUCAUCCAGGAUCCUCAGGUCAACUAUUGGAUAGGGCCAGACGCGCACGCGGUUAACUACGUCCUCAGGGGCGGGGAGUUAUUCAACAUGGUCUUGUUAGUCCCGGAUGACAUGCCUGCAGCUUCUAUGACAAUAGACGGGAAUGUGGAAGAGAUGCAGGCCUUAUACAAAGACUGGGAUCCGAUAAUAGGCAAAAUCCUAAGUCUUUGUCACUCUGUUCAGAAGUGGAAGCUCUGCAUACGGCCUACGUUGGAACGUUGGACGCAUCAAUCCGGCACAUUUACGCUGUUAGGGGAUGCUGUCCAUGCGACUCUUCCAUACCUCGCUAGUGGUUGCGGUAUGGCCCUGGAAGAUGGGGCAGCUCUAGGUCUUUGCCUCUCAAAGCUGACCAACAAGUCGCGCGAACAAAAGCUAUACGCUCUUAAGGUAUACGAGAAUUGCCGAAAGGAGAGGACCGAGAAGGUAGUCGAGAGAGGCAAUUUUCAGCAGUACAUGUACCAUCUUCACGAUGGCGAAGAGCAGAGAGAGAGAGAUAGAAGACUUGAGAUGUUUGGGAAGAUGGAUGAAGAAUUAUUCAAGAGCCCAGAGGUUCUCACACAGCCACGGUCAGAUUCAGGGGAUGAUCCCUUGCCUUGGAGAUAUUAUGGCGUUGGGGGUUGGUUGUUGCCGUAUGACAUAGAGACGGCCGUAGAGCGUAGAUGGGAACAAACCCGAAAGGAAAACCAGACGCGCCCACUUCUGUAGUCUAGUUGUUGAUAUUAUAUUCAAUAUUAUCAAACUUUAUAAAUAUAAUCGUUUAGUUAAUUUUGAUUUAUUUUC